CAUUUAAAAACAUUCUAAGAAGAGCUUCAGCAAUCAAAGGAGUCCAUGACGUAAAAACGUGUUUAGAACAUCUGCUCUGGAGACAGAGACCAGUUAGGAGGCCACUGCAACCUACACAAGAAAUGAUGAAAGCGCUGGACCUGGUGCCAGAAGCCCCGAGUUCAAAUCCUGACUCUGCUAUUUGAGCAAGUCACAAUCUCUUACAACCUUAGUUUCUGCAUGUACAAAAACAAGGGGGUUGGGCCAGGUGAUUUCUAAGAUCUCUUUCAGCUCUAAAUCCUAUGAUUCUAUAUACUGAGGCAAGCGAGGUGGUAUAAUGAGUAGAGCCCUGAACUUGGAAUCAAGAAGACCUGAAUACCAACCUUGCCUCAGAGACGCUGGGCAAUGUUCUGACCACUCUCAACCUGUGUUUUCCUCAUGUCUGAAAUGGGGUAAUAAUAGCACCUACCUCCCAAGGUUGUUGUGAGAACCAAAAGAGACAGUAUGUAUAAAAGUGCUUUGUACAGCACUGUGUCAGUGUUAGCCGUCAUGUGUGGGUACAUGAGAACAUGUGAAUGACUGUGAAGUGCCAAACUGGCCAGAUCACAGUGACCUUGGAAAUGAGGCAUGGUGCAUAGACACCAUCUUUGAGUCAAGUCAGAAGGGAGACCCGAGGCCCAGCCUCUUGUAAAACAUUUCUAGGGUAACCCAGGACCCUCUGGCAGGGCAAAGGGCAGAAGGUCACCAUCAGCUGCCCUUUGGUUGUAUUGCACCAGAAACAAACAAGGACAUUCAGAGACCACACCCCCCUCACCACCUUAAGUGGUAGCAAGGACCAAAGUAAUGUAGUGAAACAGAGGAAUGGACUUGGAACCAGGCCUGGGUGUGGAUCCCAGCUCUGCCACUUCCUAACUAGCUGAUUUUGGACAAGUGCCUCCCCGUCUCUGGUCUUCUGUGUCCUGAGAUGUACGAUGAGGGGGCCUAAUUGAUGAUCUCUUGGUCCCUUUCCAGUUCUCGGUCCUAUGAUACCAUUCCAUGCUUCCACGUCAGAAUGCAUGUGCCCCACUGCCUUUCCUGGGACUUCUGAUUGCUCUCACUCCCUCUGCCCCUACCCUACUUAGUCCCGCCUCCUCUAAAUAUAACCCCCUCUGGGCUGAGCUCAAGACUAUUUCUGGACUGGGCAAACGUGCCUUGGGAAGCCAGUGGCCUGGACAAGGGCUCUGAGAGGUGCUGGCUACUGCCUCUACUCCUCCCCCUUGCCCAGGGCACUACCCAUCUGGCUGCAACCCCACUGACCACCACACCUGGCCAUGCCUGGGGAGGCCCGAGAAGGUAAGAUGCCAUCCUGCCCAUCAUGGUGAGCCCGGAUACUGGAACCACUCCACCCAGCCACUUCACCGAGGUCAGCCUGCACCCUGUUGAGUCCAUCAGUGACCUGCACAAUGGAGGGUCCCUGCACCCCUACCUGACCGAUGACCCAGCCUCACAGCAAUGGGAAGAGCUGAUGGGCAUACUGCCCCCAUCGCUUUGCCUCCAGGCUGGCUGCAACCCAGCCCACGGGCGCGGGGCCUUCUUGUUAUUGCUGGCUCUGCUCAUCCUCACCUGUCUUGCCCUUGCCAUCUUGGCUGUCUACCUGAGCGUGCUACAGAGUGAGUCCCUGCGGGUCCUGGCCCACACACUCCGGGUCCAGGAAGAGACACUGCUGAAACUCCGACUGGCCAGCCUCAACCAGUGGCGUCGGCUCAACACCAGUGAAGCCCGAGGCCUCAGCUGAGGGCAGACCUGACCUCCGCAUCCUCCGCUCCUCACAGGGACCCUCUGCCUAUGCUCAAGGACAAGGGCAGGCGACCCCUCCCUCCCUUUCACUCUGGCCUGUAUUUAUAUGCCCCAAACACAAGCUCCGCAUUUAUAUGUUUCUUUCUACAGAACAUUUUUAUAUGAAUAAAUGACACUCAGUUUAAA